CCCGCCCGGCUGACUUCCCGUCCUCCGGCCGUCCAUGGCGCGCUCGGCGGCGGUGGCGCGGCGGCUGCCGCUGGUGGUGGUGCUGGGCGCGACGGGCACCGGCAAGUCGCGGCUGGCGCUGCAGCUCGGGCUGCGCUUCGGCGGCGAGAUCGUCAGCGCCGACUCCAUGCAGAUCUAUCAGGGCCUGGAUGUCAUCACCAACAAAGUUUCAGCCCAGGAGCAGAAGCUGUGCAAGCAUCACAUGAUCAGCUUUGUGGAUCCCUUGGUCACCAAUUACACAGUGCUGGACUUCCAGAAGAAGGCCACCGCCAUCAUUGAUGAGAUUCUUGCCUCCCAGAAGGUCCCAAUUGUGGUUGGUGGAACAAAUUAUUACAUUGAAUCUUUGCUCUGGAAGGUUUUGUUUGACACCAAGGGGGAGGCCCGGGGUCCAGCAGUGGCGGCAGAAGAGUGGAAAGCUGGACUGGAGAAUCUGGAGAGUCAGGAGCUACACCGUCGGCUGAGUCUGGUGGACCCUAACAUGGCAACCAGGUUGCACCCUCAUAAUAAGCGCAAAAUAAUCAGGAGCUUGCAGCUGUUUGAACAAACUGGCAUCCCCCACAGUGAGCUGCUGCGACGGCAGCAUGAGGAAAAAGGGGGAGGACCCCUGGGAGGUCCCCUGAAGUACCCCCAUUCUUGCAUCUUCUGGCUUCAUGCAGAACAGGCAGUUCUGGAGACACGACUGGACCAGCGGGUGGAUGAAAUGAUGGAGGCUGGGCUGCUGGAGGAGCUGCAGAACUUUCACCGGCAAUACAACCAGGAGAAAGUGGCUGAGAACAGCCAGGAUUAUCAGCAGGGCAUUUUCCAGUCUAUCGGCUUCAAGGAAUUCCACCAGUUCCUGAUUUCUGAGGACAAGAGUCCAGAGGAGGUCAGGCACCAGUUGCUGGACCAAGCCCUUCAGGACUUCAAGAUGGUGACCAAGAGGUAUGCCCGGAAGCAGAACAAGUGGAUCCAGAACCGGUUCCUGAGACGUCCUGGAUCAAACGUCCCCCCCGUUUAUGGCUUAGACGUCUCUGAUCUCUCUCAGUGGGACAAAAGUGUGUUGGAGCCAGCCAUUCAGAUUGUGGAGAGCUUCUUGAAGGGCCAGAAGCCUCCGAUGGAGCCCCUCAGGCUGGAGCCGAUGCCAGCAAAGGACAAGCAGAGUUGCCAAUUGUGUGAGCUGUGCAGCCGAGUCAUCAUCGGGGACAGAGAAUGGAAAGCUCACCUGAAAUCCCGGUCCCACCUCUCCCUCCUAAAGAAGUCCCAGCGCUCAGCCUUGGCCUCCCUGCCUGAAAAGGGCUGCAGCAGCAACUCAGAAUCUCCUGCAGAGAAGGCGGACGGACGGAUGGAGGCCAGUGAAUCCUAGGCCCAGCCCUGCGCCUGAGACUCAGGGGAGGGAGCUCUGGGCACAGAUGAACCGCAUCCCAUCAUCUUUGCACAGAAUGGACCAAGAGGAGCGGCUGUUGUGCCAUUUUCCAUGAACCCCAGUCUGCAAAAUGCGAGGCUCUCAACCUCCAGCGGCAAACUGUCCACAGCACCCCUCUAAACUCUUACAAUGCUCUUUUCCCCUAAAUGAAGGCAAGAUUUUUAUAUUUUGA